AUGCCGACAGCGCUUGUCUCUCGAGCUGGACUCCCGUUCGAAGAUCGCGAAUAUUGGAACAGCGCUCUGUUACUAUCAGAGGCAGCAUCGGCUCUUCUUUGCACGCCAGCAUUUGGAUUUUUCCUCGAUUUCUCCGGGAAUCGACAGGACCUAUACCUCUUCGGCCUUGUUAUCUUGUCCGGCUCCAUGACUUUGUUCAUAACCGCCAACACAGUGAUGUGGUAUAUCUACGCCAAAGUGCUGCAGGGUGCUGCAACGGCAAUGUUGACUGUUUCCGGUCUUGCAAUUUUGACCGACGCAGUAGACAAGCACCAAGUUGGACAGAUGAUUGGCUAUGUGAGCACCGCCAUGAUCCUCGGCUUCAUGUCUGGAUCUCCCAUUGGAGGCAUGAUGUUUGAAUUCGGAGGGUAUUAUAGUGUCCUUGGGAUGGCCUUUGGGUUCAUUGCGCUUGACAUGUUGUUGCGACUAUCGGUUAUUGAGAAAAAGGUUGCCACACGUUGGCGUACACUGCCUGAAUAUUGUCCAUACCAGGGCUAUACCUAUACAUCAGGCUAUUUCUCCUGCGAAACCAUCUUCAACCGAAAGAACUCCGACAACAUCCGGACUGGCAGCUCACUGAAACUGGUCAAGCUGUUGCAACAGUCGCGGAUCAUCGUGAGUUUGUGGGCUGUAAUUGUCAGUACGCUAGUCAUGUCCGCAUUGGACGCAACACUUGCCGUUUUCGUGCAAGACAUUUUUAAUUCGAGUACCCUGGGUUCCGGUUUGAUAUUCAUCCCAGUGGCCUUUGCAGCACUUCUACAGCCAUUCUUUGUAUAUCUUUGCGAGCGAUUUGGCUGUAGAAUUAAUGCGUUCAUUGCUUUCGCUGUCCUAUCACCAACGCUUAUCUGCCUGCGCUUUGUCGAACAAGACACAUCAUUCGACAAAACCAUUCUGUGCAUAAUCCUGCUCGGCAUUGGCAUAUGUGUCAACCUCGCCGAGCCGGCUCUACUACUCGAGAUUCAACGUGUGCUCCAUGAUAUAGAGGUGGAAGACCCGUCAGCCUUCGGCGACAACAGUGCAGUGUCACAAGCAUUUAGCCUCCAGAUCAUGGCCCGUUUCGGAGGAUUCGUGCUUGGUCCAAUUCAAGGCGGCUUUAUUUCAUUCUACUACGGCUGGGAUGUCAUGACACUUGGGCUGGGUGUAUUAUCCCUAGUCACAGCUGUGCCUAUGCUCUGGCUCAGCAGUGCUACUAAGGCUACACAGACCAGUGACGAGGGAAAUGCCGAGAGACGGCCGCUACUUUCUGUGUAG